AGCCCAUCUGAUUCCAUCAAGCUCAGCGCCGAGCCAAGCUGCCGGGAGUGGAAGUUCCUCCGGUGGAACAUUCUCAAGGUGUGCCAAUCCUGAUUGUCCCUGCACAUCAUCUUUCAGUGGCCUACAGGAGCAUGAUGCCCUGUCCUGGAGAUGGCUGGGUUGACAAGACCAGCCUUGCUUGUUCGUGGAAGUCUCACGGUUUUCUGUCUCCAGAGAGACAUUUAAUAGGUAUGACUAUGGCAGCCAAUUCCAAAACUAAAUGUCCACUGUAGCUCGCACUGUCUAACUAUGUAUAUGAAUAGAGAGAGAGAGAGAGUAACAAGAGUCCCUUGCAGCUGAAGGAAAUGUGCACAAUGCUCCGCAAGCCCCUCCGGCCAACCAGUGCGCUGCCGGGUGUGGUAGACCAAGCUUCAAUGGCCAGGUUCUGCGGGCUUACGUGCCGCCAGAAGUUUGCAAAGCCGACGCCUACAGUAAGAGCAUCGCAGCCAAGCAAGCGAGGCCCAGAUGUGCUUGCCAUGGGCGGCAAGGGCCAAACCUUUGAAGCUUGGCAUGGCACCUCCAGGACGAAUGCCUUGCAGAUCAAGAGCUCUGGAUGCUUCCGAGUGGACACCCCUGCAGAUGGCUGUCUUGGCAAAGGCGCCUACUUCGCAGGCAGGCGUAAGGCUGAGCGCUUUGCGCAUGAUUUCGGCCAAGGGCAGCCUGCCUUGGUGAGGUGCAGCAUCACUGUUCAAAAUCCAUGCUACGUGGAUGGUGAUGAUAGGUCGUGGCAAGCAAGGUACCUCGAAAUCCUCGAAUCCCGAAUGGUGCAUUGCUUCCAACUCGUGCAUCCAAGUCGUGGAGGUCGUGGAUCUGAGAGGACAGGCACGCCCAGCGAAUUGAGCAGGUCAAAAGACCCUGCAUGAAUAAUGCAAACGCCAGAUAUGUUGACUUUUCUUCUUUGUCACGGGGUUCUGAUGCCAGCUUCUUCACUGCUGUUAUUGCAC